GAACUAUUGUUUAGUUUUUGUACCGGAGGACAUAAUAAAUCGACGGACAAGGGUUGCCCGAAAGUAAAUACCGGGUGAAUUGGAUUGUUUUUAUAGUCCACUGAUCAAGUCACAUAUUAAUAUGUCCUUAGUACAAAAGUACAGUUAAUAGACAUUUUCCUGUAUUUGCUGUUAUAAGUUUUAAAGUACGAAAAUCUAUACAACGUAUAAGGGAGUCUCUGUGAGGAGACCAAAUGCAGAAAUCUAUUGAAACAUCUGAGAGUACAAACCUUUCGGAAGAAUAGAAUAACUGUAUAACAUCCCCCCUAAAGAAAGCUAACAGUCUGUUAAAAUUCUAAAACAUGGAUGAAGAACCAGAGAGAGCAAAACGCUGGGAAGGAGGAUACGAACGAACAUGGGAGGUGCUGAAGGAGGAUGAAUCUGGAUCUCUCAAAGCUACUGUGGAGGACAUUCUUUUCCAGGCAAAGAGGAAAAGAGUGUUUGAGAGUCAUGGACAAGUUCGGCUUGGGAUGAUGCGGCACCUCUUUGUGAUCAUUGACUCAUCUAGAUCAAUGGAAGAUCAUGACUUAAAGCCCAACAGGCUCACCUCAACCUUGAAGCUGAUGGAGUAUUUUGUAGAGGAAUACUUUGACCAGAAUCCAAUCAGUCAGAUAGGGAUCAUUACCACCAAGAACAAGAGGGCGGAAAAGCUCACUGAUCUUGCAGGGAACCCUAAGAAGCAUAUAGCAGCUCUGAAGAAAGCCGUGGACUCCACCUGUGUUGGCGAACCGUCUCUUUACAACUCUCUGAACUUGGCUAUGCAGACACUGAAACACAUGCCUGCUCAUACAAGCAAAGAGAUCCUGGUGGUUUUCAGCAGUCUUACCACCUGUGACCCAGCUAACAUCUAUGAGCUUAUCAAAACUCUGAAUGGUUUGAAGAUCAGAGUGUCUGUGAUCGGCCUGUCAGCAGAGGUCCGGGUGUGCACUAUUCUCACAAGAGAAACUGGAGGAUCCUACAAUGUGAUUCUGGAUGAGAGUCAUUUUAAAGAGCUGCUGAUGCUGCAUGUGAAGCCACCUCCAGCCAGCUCCUCCUCAGAGUGCUCCCUCAUUCGCAUGGGUUUCCCCCAGCAUGCCAUAGCCUCCAUGUCUGAUCAGGAUGCCAAACCCUCGUUCAGCAUGUCGCACCUGGACAGCGCUGGUGAACCAGGACUCACUCUUGGCGGCUACUACUGUCCACAGUGCAGGGCCAAAUACACUGAGCUGCCAGUGGAGUGUAAAGUGUGUGGUCUGACUUUAGUUUCUGCUCCUCACUUGGCCCGUUCCUUCCAUCACCUCUUCCCCCUUGAGGCCUUUCAGGAGACCCCACUGGAGGAGUAUGAUGCCGAGAGGUUCUGUGAAGCUUGCCAAGGAGAGUUGAAAGACAAAAGUGUGUUUACUUGUCUAGCAUGUAAAAAAGUGUUCUGCGUGGAGUGUGAUCUCUUCAUACAUGACACACUGCACUGCUGUCCUGGCUGCAUGCAGACUGACAGGACGUCCUGAUGUAAGAUGGUCUGACUACGAGAUAUCUGUGAACUUCAGUACAAGUAGAAACUGAGAGAUGCAGAAGAAAAAGAGUUAGUCUGAUCAUUGAGGGUUCAUGUAAUGAAAGCCGAUGCUUGUCAGAUCUUUGGCAUCUUUCUGUUUACUUGCAUCUUGCAUUGUGCUCAAGCUGUAACUGUAUAAAGGGCGCCCCCUAUGGGGAAAAGUGUCUCACUGGACCAAAUGAAACCAGCAACAGAGGAAAAAAAUUUCACUGAGAAUGAAGAAUUCCACUGAGUUGUAGUCGAUUUAACAUGACAGCUGUUUCUAUAUUUUGUUUCCUACAAACCAUGUUAAUAUACUUGCAUGUGCUCAACGACUCAGAAGCAAACCUGUAACUAGGUGUUGAGAUGAAUUUUUCUAACAAAUAAAACAUUUUUCUUUUAAAAUCA